AUGUUUCUUUCCACUAUUGAAUUCGUUUGUGGGCUGUUGAUAGGACUUGUCAUUGGUCAUUUGCUCCAUUAUAAAACAUACAUUCAACUCUGCAAUAUAAAUCAAAAGCUUGAAAUAGCAAUUCAAGCAGUCGAAUUGAACAAAAUCAAAAUCAAAUCUAAAUCCAGCAAGCUGCCCAGCGAACGAAAAUACGCAGAUGACGUUGAAAAUCUAUGGAAAGAUUUUAAAAAAUUCUUUGAUACGAAAUCUGAGCUGGACCCGGACUUUUCAUUUACCAAAGUGACUACUCAAAUCCGCGAGUUACGCGGGGGGAAAGGCAUUGCCAACUCUACACUGAAUAACUUUUACCAACGAAAAACUAAUCCGCGGAAAAUAACUGUUAAAGCAGUACAGGAAUGGGUUGAUAAAGAAAAGGGGAAGGAAAAUGAUGGGCUGAGUUGGGCGGGCGCAGAUCGCGACUCUUUCUUUUACAAACAACUCAUGGACGCAAUGGACUACUCACUAGACCCAUUGGAUUUCGGUGUUAAAUACGGUCAAGACCAUCCAGAAGUAACUGGCAAGGAAGCAAGAGCAAAAUACGAAGAAUAUAAAGACUUCUACGCUACAUACCAUCGGGACAACCCUGGAGCGACGACAGACUGCUACGCGGAAUUCCUCAAAAUACAUGGCAAGCAAGGAAAGGAACUAAUUUCGAAACCUACACACGAAUUGUCGGAGAAAGCUAAAGUCUGGGACAACGCCUUCAAAAUCGAGUUUCAAGAGCCCGCCAACUUCCUCACUGGGUUAACUAACCGCUUAGAAGAAGUCGCCAGUGACAGUGUAUCUUACAAUUACUUGGCCGUUGUCCAGUCGUCUGGCUACGGGAAGACAAGAUCUAUUCGUGAGCUUGGGUCUAAAGGGGUUUCUCUCAUAUACGUGUGUUUCCGUAGUAAAAGCUCGACCGGUUACCCGCCGGCAACUCCGAUGAGUGAUGUAAUAUUGAAUGAAUUAAUGACAGCAGAAAAUAUAGAUACUGCCCAUGCAAUAGCAGGACAAUGGAUCCGAGCUAUGAUUAAGACAUACUAUGACAACGAUCUAUUCUCGAAACCUGCAGACUUACUAAAUAACAAG